AUUAAGAUUUAAAAAAUUUAUUUAAUUUAAUGGAAAGACAAAUGGCACAAAUACGAAAUCUAAGAACAAACGAUAACGCGGUAAAGUUGAGUGCUAAACAUGAUCGUCGGGUGGGUUCUUAGCUCCCUCGCUAAGUCUCUACACGGAUCAUGAAGUUCAACCAUAAUUGAUUUGUGAAUUUGCAAAACUGCAAGCCUCGGGGAAGAUUCGGAUCAUGGAGGACAAGGGCAAAGGAACGGACAGAUGGAGCGGCGCCGUUGCCAAUCUCACAGAGAUGACCUCCAACCUCGACUCACUCCAGAAGCUUUUACUGAAGAAAGCCGUCUAUGUAGACGACGAGACGUUUGCCAGAGCUUCAUUGUGCUCCGAACAAGCAAGGACGAUCAAGGUUCUUGAACAAAGGGUUGAGACUUUGGAAAGGGAACUCGAUGCUGCUAUCACCUCUGCGGCUCAUGCUCGUUCAGAAAAACGUCAAGCAGAGGCAGCUCAAAGAGCUGCUGAAGUACAUGUACAGGAGGUCACUAAAGAGCUCGAGAACACUACAAAGGUAUUUCAACUGCAUAUGGAUGAAUUACGCGCAAAGCAAGAAGAAAUCAACAAACGUGAUAAGGAUAUUAAGCUUUUGGAGGCAAUAAUUCAAACUCUUGGUGGGAGAGAAUAAAGUCUGCAAAUAUGUGAGAUUCUUAAUGGUGUAAGGUUCUAAAUGCAAAUUCUUCCAUUGCUUCCAUGCAAAAAUGUCAAGAGGCCAACCUAUUUGAGAGGAUGUCAUAAGUCCACCACUAAGCUAUGGGUUUCAGUUGAGAAACAAACCAUUGUUGAUCAAUUGGACUUUGCUUGGGGCAGAUAAAAAGAUUAGUUCAACUCAUAGUAUUUCUCUAUCCCAUGGCUCAAGCAGCAUGGGGCAUUGUAUAAAAUUGUAGAAAGAAAUUUCACCUGAAUUAAAACUUCUAAAAGGAUUUCGUUGUCAUCACAAUUAUUACUAUCAUCUAUGGGAUUGAUUUAUACUGUAAAUAUUUUAUCUUCAAUAUAGUAACAGCUAAGAAGCA